AGUAGCUUGCUUUUGUUUUUACUACGUUUUGCAUUCAUGUAAUACAUGGCUGAGUUUUCCUUUCCAGCGUGCUCACAGGAUACGCAUAGUGGAUUCUUCUUGAAUAAAUUCAACCGGAUAAAACCCACUGACAACAAAAGAUCAAGCCACAACAAUGAGAACCUGAUACGGGAAACCCUUAGAAAACGUCGACUUUUACCAAAUUGUCACCUCAGCGGUUACCCCGCCAGGUUGUCUGAGCCAUUCGAACGGAAUCGAUUAUAGAAGCAAUUUUCUAAUCAAAUUUGGCAAUGCUCGCGGAGCAGCCCCACUAUAGCGCAGCAGGUGUAUGUUGUGUUAAACGGUCGCACCUAGAAAAACUUAACUUAUAAAUCUGUAUUUCAGGCACCAAGCCCGUAUUCCACAGGCAUGUAUCCACAGUCCACAGUCAACAAAUCGUGUGCAGACUAAAAUGCAUUUAGUGGCACACAUUUAUGCAUUAUGCAUGCACUUCAUACCGGUUAUGUGUUGUUUUAAGGUAUCCAAAUCGAGGAACCUCAACUGUAGCUCAUGAAAAUGAAAGGCCAAAAGCCAAGUAAACUAUCACUGGCUGCGAAAACCGAAUCGGUGAAUGGCUCGGCAGCCGGUGCCAGGCUAUACCCUGAAAAUAAGUCCAAGUCAGUGAUAGAUCCUGUGUUACAUCUGUUAGAUACCUUGUAACCCUCAGUCAAAGUAUUCUGUAAGUAAUAGCUUUGUAUUCACCAACUGGUGAUCGACAAAGUAUUCAAUGAGAUAUGUAAUAUUGGAACGAGCUAAGAUCCAUCGGUGGCCCAACUAUAUGGACUCAGAAACUUAUCGCUCUUAAGACUAUGCUGCUUAUGAGAGAAAACAAAUCACUUCCGUAAUUAAGUUUUCCGAGCGUCUUUUUAGAUUUCUCCCUACAUUAGUGGCAUUUAGUGGUAAUGACUAGAGCUUUCCAUUUCAAUGUUUCUCGGCUUCAUUGGUGAGAAUUGUAGUCUUUUAAUGACCCAAGAAUCUACCACGAAGACAAUUUUAAACGAGGGUCCAAAGAUUUCCCGUUUGUGACCUCGGCAGUAAAGAGUAUCUGAAAAUUAGUUUGUUUCGACUGUAGACGUCUAUACUAGUUUGGUGCAAAAUGAUAAUCGCUUGGACUCGGAGUUUCGUGGAGCCAACAAUUAAGUAUACUUGAGUCGGAGUCAGUGUGGUUUCAAAGCUGCUCCGCGCACCACCGAGCCGAAUUCCGAAUCUCAGCUCGGUUUAUCGCUUUUCUAAAGGUCCGGCUACGUAGGAACUAUAGUAAGCCUAUCUCCGUCUUUUAUAAUAAUAGCGAAAGCCAGGCCUGGAGGCAGAGAAUAUCUCGGCGUAGCAUCAAUCACGGAGGGGGAGUGGCCGGUCCACUUCAAACUUACCAUAAACUUACCAACGAUACCGUAAGCUUAGUCUCGAAGAGAAAAUCAAGAGGUGUAUCUCUACAAGCUGAGCGUUUUGGCCACUGUUUUCGUUGCUCUUGCCUUGUUUCGCCUCUCUGGCUCGCUCUCCCUGGAAUGGAGCUGCUUCUAUGUCCGACUUGGUGCAGUGUCUCAGUUGUGGCGAUGAUAGCGAGCGCGCUGAACGCCAGCUGACACAAUGACCACUAACGGCUUUGGGAUUCAGAGCUUAGCAGCGCCAGGGGACGAAGCCAUAGGCUUGCUUUCCUCUCCUUCGGAUAGCUUUUCCAUUUGGGUCGACGGCGAGGAGCACUGGAUAUCCGGCGUGGACUCAAGCACCACCUGCGCAGAUCUAAUCUGCGCGCUAAUCAGCUACCAAACUCCCCAGCAACAUGUGCGCAGCAAGGAAGAAGUACCCGAUCCACAGCAGUUUGCCAUUGUCCAUAAGCAGCGUCACUACGAGGAGUAUUUGGAUAGCAGUGCCAGACUCUUUGAUGUUAUCGCCAGCCUUCACGCUAUGCCGAAAGAGGAAUACCAGCUCCAGCUUCGUCAUUUGGCCACUUCAAAUCGAAAACAAAUCCCGACGACCGAUAAGGACAGUGGAAUGGGCAGUCCAGUAGACAGUUCGCGGAGCAUGCGUUUCCGGCGAAGGGGCAAACACAAGGUGCUGCCCUCCACUAAGACCACGGACAAUACCAACACUAAGCAGUCAAAGAGAAGCCGGAAGCUGCAGCAGAAGAACGACCACUUAACUCCGAACGAGAGUCUGCUUACCAUUAUCCUGGCCCAAGAUGAAACCAUACUCCAGCAAAUGACCAUGUUGCACGAAAAGGAUCGACAGAUCCUCAAAAUCGAGGAGGAAAAGCACCGGGUGAGGGAGCGAGAGCUGGGUAAAAACUACCUCCUUGAGACAUACUUAAAGGACUUGGAUGAGUCCCAGGAAAGGGGCCAGGACUUUAAAGAGAAGGCACAGGGGACACAGGAAGAUCGGAACUUUGAGGCAAUGUCAGGCAUGGAUGAGGAUAGGCCUCUAGAUAGAGCCUUCCGAUCGGCGUUAAACAGUGACACUGGCCAGGACGAGAUCCGACUUUACUGGCUAGAAAAGAUUCACGCGGUAAACAAAAAAUUGCAAUGUGAAGAGGAACUUUUGCUCAGCCUGCACUCCAAGGUACGUAGGCACCAGGUGAAGCUGGCGUACCAAACGAAGAGCGAGGUGCUAGUACAAAUCGAAAGACUCGAUACAGAAUUGGCUGCUCAGGUGGCGGAUAUCCACCAUGUGGAACGAAAACUUUUCACGGCCAAUGAACAGCUUAAAGCCAAACUGGCUGUGCUUGAAUGUUUGAGUCGUGAAUUUGAGACUACGGUAUCUGGUGACGUCCAAGAAGGUGCUGUUGCCGUUGGAAGAAAGACAGUUGCAAAGGAUCAGCUAAGCCAAUCUUCCUCGUCACAUUUAGUUGAUCUCCAACCCCCUGGGAACUGGCUGCACGUUGUUAAGAAACUCUUUGUGGCAGAUCAUUUUAACCAGAGAUUAACGCAUCAUGCACUAAGUGACAGGAACUUAUCGGAUCGAAUAAUACCGGACAAGGGAAUAUCCAAGCAAAUGUUCGAAGAUCUAAGAUCCCCAGAUUCUUCUACCUCAACCAGCGUCCAAAAAAAAGAAUUUGUUUCUAGGCAAGCCACUUCGCUAGCUUCAGAAAUGGACAUUCAACACCUGGGCACCCUUGUUUAAAGCAAAGAACAAGCACCUGACUUCAUGCAAGAAUCUCAUUCCUCCAAAUUAGAAGCCCUCGGCAUCAGCAGUCACCAGAGCACCCAGUCACCCCACCCACCACGUAACUAGAAUGGCCGGCUUUCCUGAGCACGCCCGCGCAGAGGAGACGGAGGUUAAUGUCUGGAUACGCUUUGGUCUUAGGCUGGGCGUCAG